AUCAGGGCAUUAUAUGGUUAUUGUUUGCUUUACAAUUUGCAAGAACCCAUACCAAUCAAAAACAGCAAUUAUUACGCCCUCUUUUUAUUGAAUAACGUAUCUCAUUGGUCGUGUCCCAAUAGAUAUUUCUUUAUUUUUUUUUUCUUUUGGUAAUCUACAUGACUCUUGAUCAGGGGGGAAAACUAGUUCUCACAUUUAUCCAAAACUCUAUAUCACCUUUUUGAUGUUUUAUAUAUAAGAAGACCCGUUCAUCAUACUCUCUUCAAUAACCUUGACAGAAAACAAAAUAAACAAAGUAACCAUGGAGGGUAUAAGUGCAACUAUGCAGAAGUGUAGGCCUUAUAUUUUAAUGAUAUUUUUGCAAUUUGGAGCAGCAGGAACGUAUAUUGUCAUUAUGGCCACUCUCAACCAAGGCCAGAACCGUUAUGUCCUAAUUGUGUAUCGUAAUCUUGUGGCUGCUCUUGUCCUUGCACCUUUUGCACUCAUCUUUGAAAGGAAAGUGAGGCCGAAGAUGACAAUUUCAGUUUUCUGGAAAAUAAUGGCACUUGGUUUCUUAGAGCCAGUCCUGGAUCAGGGUUUUGGUUACUUGGGGAUGAACAUGACAUCAGCAACAUAUGCAUCUGCUAUUAUGAACAUUCUUCCUUCUGUCACAUUCAUAAUAGCUUGGAUUUUAAGAAUAGAGAAAGUGAACAUAGUAGAGGUACGAAGCAAAGCAAAGAUAAUUGGGACAUUGAUUGGUGUGGGAGGGGCAUUGGUAAUGACACUGUACAAAGGUCCACUUAUUCCUUUACCAUGGUCUAACCCAAGUACGGAUCAACAAAACGGACAUACCAACAGUUCACAAGACCAUAGCAAUUGGGUUGUUGGAACCUUGUUAAUACUCAUCUGUUGUGUUGCUUGGUCUUGUUUCUAUGUUUUACAGUCCAUAACCAUAAAGACUUAUCCCGCCGAUCUUUCACUAUCAUCCUUAAUAUGCCUUGCUGGGGCUGUCCAAAGCUUCGCUGUAGCACUUGUGAUGGAGCGACACCCCAGCGGAUGGGCGGUUGGAUGGGAUGCAAGGCUUUAUGGUCCUCUUUAUACGGGUAUAGUAAGCUCAGGGAUAACGUACUACGUGCAAGGAAAGGUAAUGAAGACGAGAGGGCCAGUUUUUGUCACUGCCUUUAACCCUCUUUGCAUGGUUCUUGUAGCUCUCCUUGCUUCUUUUAUUCUUCAUGAACAAAUCCAUUUCGGAUGUGUAAUAGGAGGGAUAGUUAUCGCUGCGGGUUUGUAUAUGGUGGUUUGGGGCAAAGGAAAAGACUAUGAAGUAUCAGGAUUAGAUAACCUUGAAAAGAGUAGCCUCCAUGAAUUGCCAAUCACAACUAAAGGUGACGAUGACACCAGAUUGGCUUCUUCUAUAGCCGACGGCAGCAAUUUGAGCGUUCCCGAUGGUGUUGGGCAUCACAACACAUCUGGGGAAUAUAAGUGAAGAAAGCAUUCAAGAGUUAUAAAUAAAUAUUUGUAUCCGACCAUGAAUAAAUUAAAUAAUUAUAUAUAUUUGUAUGCAUAUGUUAUUAAAUUAUGCUUGGACAGUCACGUAAGAUGUAACUGAUCAGCUAGGAAUCACUAAAAAUUAAAUACAAGGGUCAUGAUUGGGUGUGUCUAA